GAGCCAAACGUGUACACGUGCAGUGCGGCGGUGAGCGCUUGCGUGCGGGGCUCUGAGUGGGGUCGAGCCUUGCACAUUUUCGACGCCCUGUGGGAAUCCGGCGUCGAGCCCAACAUCAUCUCCUUCGGCGCAGUUCUCAGCGCUUGUGAGAAAGGCCAGCAGUGGGAAGGAGCCUUGGAGCUCUUGGAACGGCUCGGGCAAAGCCGGUGCCAAGCAAACAUUUUCACCUACAAUGCGGCGGUGCGUGCGACUUCCACAGCGAGGCAGUGGGAGCAUGCCAUCGCGCUCGUGAGCAAGAUGCAUGCUGGAGAGGUCAGCCCCGACAAGAUCACCUACAGCUCGGCCUGCUUGGGUUUACCCGCUCAGAUCUGGCAGAAACAGAUCCAGCUGUUGGACGCACGGCUGAGGUUGGAGGCACCAGGCCUUGGGCGUUUACGCCUUGAUCGCCCGCCCCUGGCACCCCGGGAUUUCGUGACCAGGAUGUCGCGGCUGCGCUCAGGAGGCCUAGCCACCAGACGCUUCCUCCGAGCUGCCGCGCGGCCCUUGCAGAGGAGCAUUCGCGCCAACACCGUUAAGGCCACCGAUGGACUGCUGGACGCAUUGAAGAGGGCCGGCUGCCGACUUCACUCCGUACCCUGGCUCUCCGAGGGCUUCGUCCUCGAGGGACCUGACAAGCUGGGAGGCAUGACGGAGCACCUCAGCGGGGCGAUGUAUUUCCAAGAGGCGACCUCCAUGCUGCCUGCCGAGGUGCUCCGAAGAGCCCUUGAGCAGCUUGCACCAUUGGAGAGGAGGAAUAUGCCUCUUCUGGCUUUGGACCUGUGCGCAGCGCCUGGCAGCAAGUCCACGCAGCUGCUGAACUGGCUGGCCGAGAGGGGCGACGGCAGCUGCCUAGUCGUGAAUGAGCUCGAUGCAGAUCGAUCUCAGAAGCUGUACGAGAAUCUCUUGAAGUCGGGGUCCACGCAAUGGCUCCAGUUGCGCGGCCGGGGGGAGGAUCUGGGCUCGGAAUUGCCGGAGGUCUUCGAUGCCGUGCUGGUGGAUGCACCCUGCUCUUGCGAGGGCAACAUCCGCAAGUCGCCCUUGUCCUUGCUGGAGGCAGACCGGGAUGAACAGACCCGGGUCGUUGGGACGCAGCUCCGCUUGCUGCACAGCGGCUGGCGAGCUUUGCGGCCGGGGGGCUCCCUCGUCUACUCCACCUGCACCUUCAACUACUACGAGAACGAAGGACUCUGUCUCAGCUUUUUGCGGGGCCUCGGCUCCAAAGCUCCUCACCGGGCUCACUGUGUGGAUGCAGCAUCCCUGCUAUCGCUUCCGGCUGCCGUCGUCUCAGAGGUUCGUGCACGAGCUGAGGGCAACGGAGCUCUGGAGGAGGAGCUGGGCGCCUUGCGCAUUUUCCCAGAAACCUUCGAUGCAGAGGGGUUCUAUGUCUGCUGCUUUCAGAAGGGGCUGGACACAGAGGAGCUCGUGCAGGACGUUCCUGCAAGCUCCUGGUCUGCCGCUGCUUUGGCAGCUCACUUCGAGCUGGAAAGGCUAUCAACGGCAGACGGGCGAGCUGUAGAAGAGAAGGCUCGAGCAGAAUUGGGCUUCUGGCCCGCUUCGUGCACGCCCCAUGAGGUGCCCAGUCUGUGGCGCAGCGCUUCCGGAAUUUGGAUGCUCACUCAACUUCCUGCAUCUUUGAACUCGGCCCUGCCUCUCGCUGCCCGGCCGGGCAUCUUUUUGGGGGAAGAGGUCCCAUCCAAAAUCGAGUUGUCGAGGGACUUCCUUUUGCUGGCAGGGCAGCGUGCCGCCGUGGCAGCGGCCCAGAUGUCCUCGCAAGAGUGGCAUUCGCUGCAAGACCACCUUCAGAAGCAGCCGGACCUUCGUGACAUGACAAAGCGCAUUCGCCAAGCGGCUCAGUGGACGGACGGCCUUCAGUUACUCCGCGAAGCUACAGCGGGCACUUUGAGCCCUGAUGUCGUUGCUGUGGGUGCAGCUAUCACAGCCUGUAGCAAGGCUCUGGAGUGGCGUGCAGCUGCCCAGCUCAUGUUUCAUCUGGAUGCUGAGCAGCUCCAGCCGAAUUGUUUCGUCUACAGCGCAGCCAUCCGCGCCUGCGGACUUCCCGAGGCGUGGUCCCACUCGUUAGAGCUGCUGCAGGACAUGCUCCUGCGACACCUGGAGCCUGAUGCUAUUUGCUACAGCGCGGUCGCCAGCGCUUGCGUAAAAGGCAGCUCUUGGGCCCCUGCGCUGUCACUGCUAUGUGCCGCCAUUGCGCACCAAGGGUUGGGGCUCGUUCUCGCGAAUGCCAUGCUUGGCGUCCUGGAGAUGCCUGGUCUCUGGGAGGCCUCCUGUCGACUGCUCCAGGAGAUGCAGACGAGCUUCGUUCUGCCCGACGUCAUCUCCUACAGCGUGGCCAUCAGCUCGUGUGAGAAAGCAGCCGAGUGGAGCACGGCAUUGGAGUUGUUUCGCAGCAUGGAGCAGCAGAGCGUGAGCUCCAACAUUAUUGCAUGCACGUCUGUGAUCAGUGCUUGUGCCUCCGGGGGAGCUUGGCAGCAAGCACUGUGCCUCUUUGCAGCACUGCCGGGACGGUCACUGAGGGCCAAUCUCGUCACGUAUGGAACGACCAUUUCGGCAUGUGCAAAAGCGGUCCAGUGGCAGCGAGCUGUGACGUUGAUGGAGCAGUUUUACGAGGGGCCGAGGAUGCAGCAAGCAUCCAGCACGAUGAUGAAUGCCGUCAUUUACGCCUGUGCGCGCGGCGCCCAGUGGCGACCUGCGCUGGCUUGGCUUCGGCAGAUGUCCGACGAGGAACUGCAGCCAGAUGUGAUCAGUUUUAAUUCCUGCAUCUUUGCGUUCGAGGAUGUUCUGAGUGAGGAUGAUGCGCGAUUCGGCAUUGUCCGGGAGCUGGUGGACGAGAAGCUGGUCUUGAGGUAUGCAUCCAAUGACUUCUUCCAGCUCAUUGGACCGCUGAUUGCAGAGGAGUUGCGGGGUCUUUCGCUGCGCCGCUUUUUGCGGGCCUGUGCAAGGCCGCUGCAGCGCAGCUUCCGGGCCUCGCGGUUGAAGGCGACUUCUUCGCUUCUGGCUCGCCUUGGCGAUGAUGGCUGGCAGGUGUGCCCUGGUGAGCACGCUCAGCGGGCACGGAAUGGUCAGGAUGUUAAGCUUUUGUGGCGGUGGCGGUGUGAGAAUGUUCAGCUGCAGGGCGGUGGAAAGACUGAGAUCAGGUAUUUCCAAGAGGCCACAUCCAUGCUUCCAGCGGAGGCAGGUGCCGAGUGGUGGACGCACGAGCUGAGGCAAAUCCACGCAGCUGGCGGCCGGCCUCCAGGCGUCGCAGGAAAUCUGUUGGAUGAGGGUGGCGCACUCGUUGCCAACGAGCCCGACUUUCGGCGCGAGAUUCUUCACCGAAAUCUUCUGAUGCGUGGCCGCAUUGGAAUGUCCGUGCACAUGGCAAGAGAAGUGGGUCCGGCAGCCAAGUGGCGGUCAGCUGCGCGGAUGGAGUUACGAUCCGUGCAGAUUUCAGAGUCUGGGACCUGGGAUGAGGGUUCGGCGGCUGGAGCUCGAGGGGAUUAUCCUGCGAAGUGUGUUUGUCACGACAAGGGCUUCACCGCUUCAGCCUGUGGCCAGAGAGACUUGGGCCAAACGUUUUACUACCGGUGCAGUUGUGAGAAGCCGGAGAUGGUAAAGCCCAUUCGCCAAGAGCUGUCUGUAGCAAUUGGGCAAUGCCUUUUCAUUUGCGCAGCGUUACUCGCCGUCACCUUCUCUCGGUGGUGGCAGCUCAGGAGCCGGGCGCUUACAGAGAUUCAGCUAUCUUUGCUCCACAGCGGGUGGCGUGCUCUGAAGCCCGGUGGCUGCUUAGUCCCUUAUCUGCUUAUCUGCUUGAUGGCCGUGUUUUUAACAUCUAGUGUCUUCGAGGUUCGGGAUGGUGUAGCGAAGAGCUCCAUGAACAUGCAGGUUUACUCAACCUGCACCUUCAACCCUAACGAGAACGAGAAGCUUUGCUCGCAGUUCCUCAUGGAUGUCAACCACGUUCUCUGGACGCAGAUUACAUUCAUGCUUCAGGCUGCCAUACCUGUGGAGAUUUUGUCUCUGCUUGAGCUGCCUUUCGCGGUGGGGCCGCACUUCCACGUGCUCAGCAAGGGCGGAGGUGGCCUAGGAGCUGUGCGCUUGCUUCCCCACAGUUUUAAUGUCGAGGGCUUCUUCAUCUGCUGCUUUCGGAAAUCGGUGGAUCACCCAACUGCCGCAGGCGCGGUUCUACGCACCUGUGAAUUUGCUUCCUCUCGGUUUCGACGGAGGCUUCCCGCGUCCCUGGCCAGCCAAGUGGAGAAGAAGUCCAAGACGCUUCUGGGUUUCUGGCCGGUCGAGGCGGCCCAGCCCUCAGAUCUGGAGAAUCAGCAUUUGAUCCACGGGCUCAGACUCAGUCGAAGCUUCCACGUCCAGUAUUUGGGAGGACAUGCUUAUUGGCGCAUGGGAGAUCGAUCAUGGGAGGGAGGCAAGAUUGAAGCACGCAGGAUUGAGCUUGCACCUGUUUCUGACGACACGCGGCCCAGACGCCGACGUCGGCGCGAGUUCACGGACGGCCCGGAUAGCCCACGAACGCAGAAUCAGGCGGGACAGCAGGAGCAAAGCCGUCCAUCGGUUUCCUGGUCAUUGCUGCCAGCCGAGGCAUGGCAGCAGAUUGCCGAUCUCUUGCCAGACCAGGAACUCGUUCGCAGCGCCAGCACGACUAGAUGCCUAGUUGAGAUCCUGGAGAGCACUGAACUCUGGGUCCGACGGGCCGACGCAGAAUUCGCGUCCCUUCCUUUUUCGGAGUUGGAGCGCGAAGAGAUGAAACGGGAAGUCCGACUGGAAGGCCGCCAUGGCUACGUCUGCCGCAGGGUGCUCUUCAAGGGCCUCCGGGUGGCGCUGCUCAUGGGAAAGCCGGAGAUGGGCCCUUUGGUCCACCUAGCCCGCUGGUGCGGUGCCAAAGUGCAGCAGAGUGGGCAGGGAGCAGACAUUCUUCUGAUAGGUCCUGGCGGCGGCAGCUGCGCAGCAUUCGCCACAUCCCGGCAUUCCCACAAGCUGUACCGCGGUGCCUGGUUGCGAGCCAGCUGCGUGGCGGGCCGGCAACUUCCGAGACAUCGGAUUGGCUGUGCCUCCAUCGGUGCCUCAUUCAGUUCUUUCCGCUCCUGCAUUGCUGGCUGCCUGGGGAGCAGCAACGAGACUCCAGGGGCCUUCGGUUGCUAUGCACCUCGACUUAUGGAGGGCCUGCUACUGAGCACCAGCCGUUUGCGCACACGCUCCAAAGAGGCCGUGGUCAUGACAGCGCAGCUUCUGGGUGCACAGUGCACAGAUGAGCUCACGAAAGCCCAUACGCAUCUCAUCGCUGGUGCCAGCCAGGGUGAAAAGUAUGAGUUCGCCAAGCAGAACCGGAUUCCAAUCGUUUCUGUGGCAUGGGUGGACAACACGCUCCGCCUUGGCAUGCCCAUGAAAGAGCGGUGUUUUCCGGUGAGCGGCGCGGAGGACUGA